GUGCUCUCUUCACGGCCUUCGUGGCCGCACCACGUGCAACCCCUGCCCCAACGGCGCCUCACGCUGCCACCGCAGCCCUCAGUGCGGCGGCACUGGUAGCUCCUGAGGCAGCCCAUGCCGAGGGCGGCGCCGUCUGGAUCCCUGCGCUGUCUGCCAUCGGCGCUGGCUUCGCGAUCGGCCUUGCUGCAAUCGGCUCCGGCGUCGGCCAGGGCAUUGCCAGCGGCCGCUGCAUUGACGGCAUCUCUCGUCAGCCCGAGGUUGCGGAUGACCUCCGCGGAGUCCUGCUGCUGUCCCUGGCAUUCAUGGAGUCCCUGACCAUCUACGGCCUUGUGAUUGCCCUGGUGCUCCUCUUCGCGAACCCUCUCAUCAAGUGA